UUGAUCUCUGUUCUGAUUGGCUGUUUUGAACCGCGAAUCCCUCUCAACUGAACAUUCCAAGACGCGUGUUGGAAAAGCAGCUCCAGCUUCAGCUGAUGCGCGUCAACGCACCCACGCGCGCACGCCCCUGCAGCCGCGGAGUGAAACGUGGAUGAACCGCAGCCGAGCGAAGAGAAACAACUAGUUACUGACACACAACUAAACACUCACAAUUAACGCUGGUGAGUUUAUUUGUGUUGAUUUCUUUCGACCCCCAACUCUCGAAACCAGACAGGAGCACGCGCGAGAGAGAGAGAAUGUGGACGUGAAUCUCGCUUUUAACUAAAAAUGGCGGUUCAGGCUGGUUUGCAGGCUUGGUUCGGCGAGAAGUUUGAUGUCCCGUUACAGAGUCCACGCAGCCUGCGCUCUCCUCGGCCGGGCCCGGGUCUGGCUGACGUCUUCCAGUAUGACCAGUGGUUGGCCGUGCGGCACGAAGCCACGCUGGUGCCCAUGCAGGAGGAUCUGGCGAUCUGGCUGAGCGGCAUGCUGGGCGAGCAGGUGACAGCCGAACGCUUCAUGGAGGAGCUGGACAACGGUGUCAAACUGUGUCGUCUGGUUGUAAUUCUGCAGAGUAAAAUCCCACAGGAUUCGGAAACACAGCUGCUGUCAAAGAAAAUCCAGUUCAGGAAAAACGCCUCCCCUGGAUCGUUUUUCGCCCGGGACAACACGGCAAAUUUUUUGUCCUGGUGUCGUCACAUAGGAGUGGAUGAGACGUAUCUGUUUGAGUCUGAGGGCUUGGUCCUGCAUAAAGAGCCACGGCAGGUGUGUCUGUGCCUGCUGGAGAUCGGACGGAUCGUCUCCAGGUAUGGUAUAGAGCCUCCGGUCUUGGUUAAACUGGAGAAGGAAAUUGAACUGGAGGAAAGUCUAAUGAUGACGGAUGACGCAUCUCCAGUGAAAACAUUCACAGUGUGCUGUCAGCACGGAGCCCUGUAUCACGCUGAUCGUGCGGACCAGGAUGACCCUCCCUGUAACUGCACACAGAAGUUUUCCAUCGAGUAUCUGUCUGAGGGACGCUACAGGCUCGGAGACAAGAUCCUGUUCAUCAGGAUGCUGCAUGGGAAACACGUGAUGGUACGUGUCGGUGGAGGCUGGGACACUCUGAAAGGGUUUCUGCUGAAAUACGACCCUGACCGCGUGCUUCAGUUCACGACUCUGGAGCAAAAGAUUCUAGCCUAUCAGAAAGGCCCGUCUGGCUCAGGCCCCACCCACAGCGUGCAGGCCGCGCAGCCGCCCACAAUGGACCCCAUCGCAGCCGUUAACCUCCUCCCAGAAGCAUCCUCUUCAUCGUCAUCCUCCACGACAUCUUUGUCCAAAUCCAAUACGCCCACGCCCCGCUCCGUCACCCAGUCGCCCGCUUCCACCCCAUCGAUGCCACGCAGAGCCGCCGCACCGAAGAAGAUUUUCCACACGCCCACUGCUUCUCCGAAAACCACCCCUCUUUCAUCUCCUGCUCCAAAAAGAAGCCCACUGCCCCAGUCCACCCCGACUGGGGUUUCCCAAAAAGCCCCUUCCGCUGCGUCCAAGACCAAACUACGCCCACGCGGAUCUCCGUCUCAGCCUCGCAGUCCUGUGUGUCCCGAACCCACCUGCAAGCUGCCUAAACCUUCAGCCCCGCCGACAUCUGUGCAGAAACCUGCCCAACGCGACACACGGCCGCCUCCAGCACCCGUCCGCUCGCGGCUUGCCCAAAGACGCCCUCCUUCCCCUGCCUCCGCCCUGCACUUAGAGUCCAAGAAGGGCCACCCCGUUUCCCCUCGCUUGGCUCUGAAUGACCCCAAACAGACGAUUCCUCUCGUAAAACCUUGCAAGAGUGCAUCUGCGGAGCAGAACACAGCUGGUGCCGCGCGAACUGUCACAUCCGUCAAGUCUAAAACGACUCACAGGAAACCUCUGGUCAGCAGUAACCCUCCCGUCCAGACGCCCAGCAACACUAAACCAGCUCCGAACAGCACUACCCACAAACACCCGGCACGGACUAAACCCAGCAAACGUGACGAGCCCUACUUUGAGAUGAACAGUAAGAGAAGGGUAAAGAACUGAGAAUGCUGGGAUCUGUAGAUCUGACCGGAGCUAUAUUUAAUUUUGAGUGAAAACGAGGCUGUGGCGUGUGCAGCCUGUUUGAUUUGUUGUCAUUUUAAAUGUAGUACAUUUUCGAGAAACAUUUCUAGUGGCCAAGCUAUGAAAAUGACUUAUUUCAGAACAACUUAUUAAACAUACUGCACAUCUGUCUUUAACAGCCACGUUUUCAUUUGCAUUAAAUUAAUUGACAGCCUUUUUUAUUUGUUUUCUAUUCUUCCCUUCUGUCAAAACUCAGUUCUCUCAUGCUUUCAUUUGUGCUGGGAAAUGUUGUUUCAGCAGCGCCACGCUUCGCAUAAAGAUUUAUUUGGAUGCCAUAUUUAAGGAUGUUUUGAUUUGUAUGUUCUUAGAUGCAUUUUUGAAAUUUUCUUUUGAAAAUGUUUCUACUGCGCAAGCCAUGAAAAUGAGACUUUUAACUUUUUAAGCUUGCUGCACAUCUGUCUUUAACAGGCAUUUACAUCUGUCCAAACUUCUCAGGCUUUAAGUGCUGCAGUCACCACUUUAUAUACCAGCACAAAUUUAAUCAGAUGCUAGAUUUAAUUGAAAUAAAAUCAAGGCCGUGUGUGUGCAGUACGUGUUAUUGGUUGUGCAUUUUAAACCUUGCGAAUACGUUUCUAGUAAACAAGCUAUGAAAAUUAGACCUUUAAUUCAGAACAACCUUUUAAACACACUGCACAUUUGUCUUUCACAGCCUCUUUUUAUUUCAAUUAAACGUUCCAUAAUCUAUUUUCUUGGCAUCUCUAAAAAGUGUUUGUUUCAAGCUUUCAUUUGUGCCAUACUUAAAAAUCAUCCGGAUAUGCCUCUGCUGUUGUUUUUAAUUUCUUCUUUAGCUACUGUAAUUAUCAUUAUUUUAGCUAAGGGGUUAGGAAGCUUUUAUAGGUUUAGUUUAAGUGUUUGAAAUUAUCCACGGUUAUGCACAAACUCAUGAUCAUUUACGUUUAAUAUCAGAUGUUUUUUUAAAAGUCAGUCCAUGUCUGUUAUACGUGAUCUGAUUUGAUUGGGUUAUAAAUUGAUUGGGUAUCAACAUUUACUUAUUAAUACCAUAAAUCAUUUAUUCACUGUAUAUCAAUGUGCUCUGAGCUCAUGAGGAGAAACCAGAAUGUUGCAAAGGUGUGUGUGUGUGUGUGUGUGUGUGUGUUUAGACUAAUGUCUUUAUGUAUGAUGUGCUGCAUUUAGAUGACGUAAGCGUGCAGAAGUCUGUUUCUUCUUCAUAUUUACAUUGAGAGCACUGUUACUGUAUUACAUAAGAGACAUAUGUAGAUGAAUUCACCCCAUAAUAUGCAGAAAUGCCCCUCCAUGGCAUCAUUUUAGAGCACAUUUUAAAAACUAUUUUAGAGCAUUUGGGGUUUACGUGCCUUAAAUUUGUUGGAACAUAGGUGUGGUUUAUUAUCAGACACCCUGGAAGAACGGUGUUUAGUCAGGACGGUUAGUUUGGCAGGUACUGCGGUUUAAUUAGUAUGUUUUAAGUUGGUUAAACAGCCAGCUAUUAUUAAAUGAAAUACUACCUCCUUUACGCCACACAAAUACUACUGACUCAGUCAUGCCCAUAAACACCUGAGCUUUUAUUUUAUUACACUGUCCAAAAUGAUGCUAAGUAUUUUUCAGUUUAGUCGUGGUCUAUACAGAAAGAAUAUUAUAAAUAUUGAUUUUAUGUGUAAGGGUAAUUGUUCGUUGUUGUUGUUUUUUUCUGGAUAUGGUUCUUUUAAUUAUAUAUUUUUGUUUGUGUGAGAGAUAUUCUUCCAGCACUUUAAGAAAAUGUUUGUUUUGAAUGUAGCUUAUUUUCUUUGUUUUGUCUGUGUCUUUGCAUUCUGUCAAAUAAAGAUCUAUACAGUGUAUAAUU